GCUACGAUGGCGACGUCGUGGCAAAGGUCGGCGCGCCCUUCUUUUCUGGGGGCUGCAAGGAAUGGGGAUGCAACACUGGCACUGGCGCCUCCUGCAAGACGUGCGUGGAGCUGUCGAAGCGCACACAGGAGAAUCACUGCGCCAGCUGCAAUGCUGGCUACACGAUCCUGGAGCCUCAGUGCAAGGUGAUGGCCAGUGAUCAGAAGUGUGGAG